AUGGCGGCGGCCUCGGUGUCAGUGGCGCUGAAGCAGACCUUGUGGGGCCGAAGGGCAGCUACUGCAGCUGCCAUGUCCGUUCCCAGGGUUGCGACCAGGUUACUGAGCACUUCCACAUGGAGGCUGGCACAUGACCAAGCUCAAGACACGCAACUUAUCACAGUGGAUGAAAAAUUGGAUAUCACCACUAUAACUGGAGUUCCAGAAGAGCACAUCAAAACCAGAAAGGUUAGGAUAUUUGUGCCUGCUCGGAAUAACAUGCAAUCUGGAGUAAACAACACAAAGAAAUGGAAGAUGGAGUUUGAUACCAGGGAGAGAUGGGAAAAUCCUUUGAUGGGAUGGGCAUCAACAGCUGAUCCUUUGUCCAACAUGGUUCUAACCUUCAGUACUAAAGAAGAUGCUGCUGCCUUUGCAGAAAAAAAUGGAUGGAGCUAUGACAUUGAAGAGAGGAAAGUUCCGAAACCCAAGUCCAAGUCUUAUGGUGCAAACUUUUCUUGGAACAAAAGAACAAGGGUAUCCACAAAAUAGGUUGGCACUGACUAUAUUGCUGUACUUGACCGUGAAUAAAGUCAGCUGUGCAGUAUUUAUAGUCCUUGUAUAAUACAGCUCUUAAUCUCCUAAUAAAUUUGACCUUUAAACUACA